AUGGCCGAGGAACCGCCCACGAAGCGCAAGUGCUUGGGCGUUGACUGCGAGAACGACGCCAGCUCCCUGCAGUGCCCGACGUGCCUCAAGCUUGGAAUCAAGGACAGCUACUUUUGCUCACAAGACUGCUUCAAGAAGAACUGGGGCACGCAUAAGUCGAUGCACAAGCAGGAAAACAGUAUUUUGCACCACUUCAUUCCUCCAAAAGUAGUAUCUAAACCUGAUCCAGAAACCGGAUACUACAACCCCUUCCCCGCCUUCCCCUACACCGGCCCUCUGCGACCCGUCUAUCCGCUGUCCGAGAAGCGCACCAUCCCCAAGUCCAUCCCCCACCCGGACUACGCUGCCGACGGUAUCCCCAAGGCCGGCCGCUCUCUCGGAAGGGCGAACAAGAUCGAGAUCCUCGACGCCAAGGCCCAGGAUGGCAUGCGCAAGGUGUGCCGCUUGGCGCGAGAAGUCCUGGACAUUGCUGCCGCCGCCCUGCGACCGGGCAUCACGACCGACGAGAUUGACGAGAUCGUCCACAAGGCCUGCAUCGAGCGCAAGUCUUACCCGUCACCUCUCAACUACAACCACUUCCCCAAGUCCGUUUGCACCUCUGUCAACGAAGUCAUCUGCCACGGCAUUCCCGACAAGCGGGUCCUGCUCGAUGGCGACAUCGUCAACCUCGACGUUACUCUGUACCACGAAGGCUACCACGGUGACCUGAACGAGACCUACUACGUGGGCGACCGGGCCAAGGCGGACCCUGAUACGGUGAGGGUCACGGAGACGGCGAGGGAGUGCCUGGAGGAGGCCAUCAAGCUGGUCAAGCCCGGCACGCUGUUCCGCGAGUUUGGCAAUGCCAUCGAGAAGCACGCCAAGAGCCGCAACUGCAGCGUCAUCCGGACGUACGUGGGCCACGGCAUCAACACCAUCUUCCACUGCCCUCCCAACAUCCCCCACUACGCCAAGAACAAGGCGGUGGGCGAGUGCAAGCCGGGCAUGACCUUUACCAUCGAGCCCAUGAUCGCGCUGGGCAAGUACCGGGACGUGACCUGGCCCGACAACUGGACGAGCACGACCAUCGACGGCAAGCGCACAGCACAGUUUGAGCACACACUGCUGGUCACGGAGACGGGCGUCGAGAUCCUCACCGCGAGGACGGCAGACUCGCCGGGCGGGCCCAUACCCAUGCCCACGGCACAAAACGGCGAGGCCAGGGCGUAA